AUGGGCGUUGUAAGUUAUAAGACGAUGGGCAAUGCAUUGUCCCCACUGCUUGUGUUCAUGGCUGCGGAGCUGGACAUCAGCACAGCUCAGAAGGGUAACUUGUUGUCGGCCAUUGCCGCAGGCUACUUCUUUACUCAGGUGCCGGGCGGCGUUUUAGCUGAUUGGCUUGGUGCCAAGAAUGUGAUGACAAUGGCUAUGUCGCUAAGCGCCCUGUGUUGCUUGUUGAUUCCCUUCUGUGUGGACACUCUGGGCUUGUCCGGAUUGUGGUGCGUGAUGGCCACGAUGGGUGCAGUACAGGGGCCUCUCUUCCCUACGAGCACCGUGUAUCUCAGCAAGUGGAUGCCCAAAGCGGUGCCAGGAGGAAGCGACGAGAAGGCUUGGGGGACCAGCAUGCUGGACAUCGGCAUUUCCGUAGGAAUGGCAGAGGAAGGAAAGCUGACCUUAAAAGUGUCCUACGGUGAGGAGGUUCGUCGGCUCAGGGAUUGGCCGAGAGAUGAAGAGCCAACCUUUCAGGGGCUUUUGGAUGCAGCGCGCGGCCUGUUCGAUCUGGCAGAGGCGCACACGUUAUCGUACCAAGAUGGUGAAGGCACCUCUGUGACGCUUACGCCAGAGAACCUGUCCGACGCUCUUUCCCUGGCCUCCGAAGACGGGAUCUUGAGGCUAAGCCUCCUGAAAGAGGAGACACAGAGUCAGGAGCCGGAGCAGGCACCGCAGCUGAUGGCAGGAGAAGCACAGCCGCAAGCGCAGCCGCAGCCGCAGGAGCCCGCGACGCAAGGCCUUGCAUCGGAGGCUGCGGCCUCUGCGCCCUCAGGCUGGUCCUGCUUCAAGCAGCAGGUGGUCAGCGAUUUCCAAAGCAACUACCAGGACAUGCAGGAAGCCUUCAAAGGAAGCAGGGAGCAGCAUCCUGCUUUGCAAGUUUGUGGAAAAGUCGCCGGAGUCACUGCGGGCGUUUGCGCAUCUGCGAGGUUGAUCCCGCUGCAUGGAACCAGAUUGGCUGCUCACAGCGUGGCGGCCGCCGCUAAGAUGCCGGUUGCGGAACAAACUCCCUUGCCAGUGCCUGAGGCACCUGCAGCCGAAGCAGGAAACGACGUUCAGCAUUUCAAGCAGCAGGUCAUUCAAGAUUUCCAAGUUGGGCGCCAGGAGAUUCAGACUGCCUUCGGGUAUUUCACUGGCAAUGCAGACGCCUCCGAGAGCUCUUCCUCUGAGCCUCCACGUAUUGGAAGAGACGUGAUCCCUGCAAUUGCGUCCACC